GGAGUUUCCGGAAAAUCACAUUCAGCCGUCAAGACUGAACAAUGGUUAUCAUGAGCUAUCACCAAUUUUUACUAAAAUAUCCACAUUCGAGUUCUAGACAGUCGAGAAGGCGAGCGAAUAGAAGAAAAAGGGUGAGUAGAGGCACUUUUUAAUAGUUUUCAUUGUCAACUGAUCGAUGUUUUCGGUGUUUUUAGGGAGUGUCGGCGUCUUAAACGCAGUCUUUAAUUAAGUAGUCUGGUUUUCUAGAAAGAAAGAAAAAACAAAUACAAGCAUGUUUCUGGUGAAUAACCCGUUGUUGUUUUUGGAUUAACAUCUGUCUAAAUCAAUCAUGUAGUUUAUCUUCUGCUUCGUCUGAGCAGCUGUCAUUCUCAGAUGGACUCAGAAGUAGGAAGUUUUUAGGGUUUCCCUUAAAGGCGAGAGUAACAAACAUCUUCAAACUAAACUGUGAUUUUUAAUUUUUCUUUAAAUGACGACAAAUGCUACUGUCAAACUCAGUGUUGUGUCAAACACUUAAUUUAAACAGGCUUUAAAUUUAUAAAACUAAACAUCUAUUAUUUUGACAGCUAAUUUCGUGCCUCGCUAUUUUAAUUUUAAUUUAAAUUUUUUUAACAAAAGCACGUCGAGUAAUAAAUUUCCCAUUGUAAAAAUCAGACAGUUACAUGUGUUUGUCUGUGUUUUUCUCACUGUACAGUUUCCUUUUGUUUCGCCCAUUCCUCCUGCUGGACUUACAUUUCCAUGACGUAACUGUCUUGGCUCAGAGUGGACAUGGAUCCCUACUAUAACAGCAAAUACUCUUUUUUUAUUCUAGAUAAUUUAAAAAAACUAAUUAUUAGAUCUAUUUUAUAUGUUUAAACAUUAUUUUUAAAGCCGACAUAGCCACGCUCUCAUGUGAAGUUAAACAUUCCCAUUUCAUUUCUACUUAAGGUGUCUAAAAUCCAUUUUCUUUAUAAUUUCGCACCACUUCUGUGUCAACAAUUGUCCUAUUUUUUUAAUCACUCGUACUCAAGUAUAAUUAUCCAUAUUGCAUGUUUCUGCUGGGAUUUUUAUCAAUAAAAUGAAGAGUAAAUAGGAUGGAUUUUUUUCUGUUGUGCGGUUUGUUUGGAGAAAAAAAAGUUGCCCUGACUGUCAGUCCAGCAGAGAUCAGUAUCAGGAUUGUCUCAUCGCUUUAAACCACUUGUUUAUCGAUCCAAAGGUGCUUUGAGGACCGUAGAAAGCAGGGGGCGCAGUAGAGAGCAUUUUCGUCUUUGUUUACAAGAGUUCAGUGACAAGAUUUAUUUUUUUUCCCCUCAAUCAUUGGUGAUUAUUUUUUAGAUUACAAGCAUUUAAUCUGUUUUACCAUGAAUUUGUAUCCAUUAAUAUUUAAUUUCUGAAAAGCUUUUUUGCCAGACCAAGCCUGCUUUGAUUUGUGCAAAUCAUCAUUUUGAUUCUGAAAUCUCAGCAAAUUUCAGAAUGAAACAUUUUCCACAUUCUUUAAGAUUUUCUUAUCAAAUCUUUUUUUUCUUUUUCUUUCAGAAUUAUAGAGACGAGCUUUCUCCUACAAAUCUGCAGACUUGAUUAACAGAGACUUUCCAAAGGUAAAUGACUUCUCAUAUUUGAGGAUGUGAAUGCUCCAUGUUUGUGAGGUUGGGGUUUGGACUGAAUUAAGUUAUGUUGAUAACAGCCCAAGUUUAAUUUAAAGAUAUUUAAUAUUCAUGUUUUUAAUUUUUUAAUUUUAACUAUCAGCACAUUUAGUGGUUUUCUCACUUGCUGUCACUAUCAUCCCAUUUCACGGUUAAGUAGAUUACUCAAUACAGUGUACUCUGUCUUCUUUUCUUUAUUGAAUUGUGAAUCCUCUCACAGAUGUGACAUGAAAUUAGACUAAGUCCUGAGCCUGAAAACUAAGUAACGAUAAAGGUUUCAGAUAAUUGGAGAUUAAAACAAACUAGGCAGCCUUUGAGACAUCUUACACACACUCUUCUUCUCUUUCAUCUUUCUAAUUUUCUCAACCUCUCUCUGCCUGUUGACUGCUGCCCCUGCCCCCCCUUCAGGUCCAGUGUGAACCGUGUGGCCGAGUAUCUGUGCGUUGCAAUUGACUGGGGAGAUGACUGCCGAGUGGCUACACCUGCCCCCGCCGUACCCCCCUGGCGUGGGGCCGUUGUGUGGUGCAGAGUUGGAGGCGUGGUAUGAGGACCUGCAGGAUAUUCUGGGCUCUGACACAGGAGGGGCAAAACUGGCGCGUGCCCCCACAUGCACCGAGGUCAGUAGCUCAAAGACUUACAUGAUUAUCAAACUUAUGACUGUGUGAUAUGACAGUUCGAUAUUUUCUUUUUGGAUUUUCUUUCCGUUUUCUUUAAAUAGAAUUCAUGUCCUCUAAUAAGUGAUAAAUUUUAUACCAACGUUAACAUUUUUCCUUUUUCUCUUUCAGAAGGAGCCGGAGUUUCUGGAUGUUCUGGAGAGUUGCUCUCUGACAUGGCUGACAGAUGGAAACCAGUCAUGGGGUGAAGGUGUUCAGAGGGCAACAGAGGAGGUCCACAACCCACAGCCUCUGCAUCACUCCUCCUCAUCCUCCUCUUCCUCCUCCUCCUGCAUGAGUCCAGCUGUUGCAGAGGAGCGACGGGCAGAGGCCGAAAGUGGAAGAAGUGGAGAUAGUUCGGCAGGAGGCGGCAGUGACCUGCUGCCUCCGGAGUUCUUCGAGUUGUUGAGCGAAGGAGGAGUGGGGAUGGUGGAUCCGAGCGGAGCAGUGAUCAGUGGCGGCUAUUAUUACCACCACCAUCAACACCACCAGGCUAAUAAUAACGUCCAUCCUGCGUCUCCCUCAGCCAGUGAGGAGGAACUGCCCUGUGUCCCCGAUUCACCGUCCUACUCCUCCUCAGCCUCCCAGUCGCCAUCCCAAAAUUGUUCUUCUCCCUCCUCACCCGUCUCUUCCCCCUCUGCAUACCCGUCCUCCCGCCUCGGAAAACGGAAGAGGACCACCAGCGAGAGGGCCAACGGUGCCUUGUCCUCCUACGCCUCCUCCACUCAACGAUCAUCCUCAUCCUACACGUCUGCCAAAAAGAGUCGCAAAGAAAGAGAGCAGGAGAACGAGAGGAAGGUGCAGGAGCUGACUGAGCAGAAUGAGCGUUUGAAAGCAGAGAUUGAAAGGCUCGGAGAAGAGGUUCAGAGGACACGUCGAGCCCUGAUAGAGAGACUAGUCAACACCAGGAAAUGAGAGGAAAUGAAAGAGGGUGGAAGGAAGAAAUUAAAGAUGACAGGUCCUACAGAAUUGGAAUAAGCAAUGGUGGGGGAAAGGUGUAACAUGGUGGUCGUGAAAUGCCUCUUAGACAAGGAAGGAUUGAAACCAAAGAUAUUUCAUAAGUGAACGGAUUUUUUGGAAAAGACAGAGAGCUUAAGAUGGCAAGAAUUAGGGAAGUGAUGAAAGUCAAGACAAGAGAGAGCACAGAGUGAAGAGGCUGCAACAGCACUGCGGCAACAAAAAGACACAGCACGUACAAAGGCGAGGAAGAACAGACAGCUCACAGAGCAAACGAUAGAGAGAUUUUGAUGAAUGUUCGUCAUUUUAAGAAGGCCUAACUCUUAAGAUCCAUCAGUUCUGAUGGCAGAGGAAACAGUUGGAAGCAUUUGAUGAUUGUAAGUGACAGAAAGAAGCAAAGAGCGCAUUUCAUUGUCAUCCCUUCCCACCAUCUUGCAAUAAUUGUAAUUCCUACAUUAAGGGCUGCAAUCUGGCUAGCAGAGAUUAUUUGCCCCAAUUUGUGGAAAGUCAAGGAGCUCAGGAAAAGUUUGAAAGUGCCCAGUGCAGUGUGAGUAUGAGAGAAUGUCUUUUUUUUGUUUUCCCGCAGAGUGAAUUCUUAUCCUUUCUUACUUUUUUAUAACAAGUGGCUUUUAUGUAUUUGUAUUUAGAUAAAGUAAGUAGGACCCUGCUAUACUUUCUACGCUGACCUUUUCUAUCAAUAACAGGGAUUUGUAGUAGAAUUACCACAAAUUAUUCUACCCUGAGUAACUAUUUUUAUAUAACGCUGUAAUAAGUAUAUAUAAAUGUACACUAUUGUACUGUAAUGGCGUGUACUGUAAAUGCCCACAUAUCCACCGUUAAUUUCUCAUUGUAGUCGCACAAAUUGUUAAUUGUAGAAUAAUAUGCAUGGCUUUUUAUCAUUGAUGUAAUAAAACCAUACUGUUUAUUUUACCUUUCAUUGUAAUCUCAAAUUUGCAAUAAAAGAAAGAAGAUGUGCAA